CCUGUUGCCGUUUGCACAUUGACUGAAGGUCGCAGGGUGUGAUGGGCGCGCGGGAGGCGGGGUGGAGUUUAAGCUCCGCCCUUUUAUUCUGUCCGAGGUAAGCGGAGGCGCCGGCGCUAGUAGCAGCGGGAGUCCCAAAAAAAAUCCCCGGGAUUGGAGCGUUCAGUGGCGGCAUAUUUCACGGCUUAGGAGUCACCUGCGGAGCUGCGCAUGAAGUGGUAUCUUCUGUAAGCCUUGGGAUGGAACAAACGUGCAAUCUGAGAGCAAGAAUGGACGGAGGCCUAAUGGCAGAGCCUGACAGGAAUGAAAAUAUCCGAAGGAAGUUAAGUUGGACUGAUGAUACGCCAUUAAAGAUGCAGAGGAACAGAGCAGAAGAGCACGUUUUUCCCAGUGCCCACUUCUUAACCUCUCAAGAGAUGGACCAUCGUAGGCAGCUUCUUAGGACUGGCUCUGCACCGGGAUUGAAACUGCAUGUCUUGCGGGACCGAAUCCUUCAGCAGCAGAUGAACCACCAGGCAGCUCUAAACAAUGGCCUGGACCAUGUAAUAGAAAUCUACCAGCAGGGUGAGAUCACCAGGAAGGUCAGGAAAGUCACUUUUGCUACCCUUCCUCCUCCUUCUACAGGGAUCAAGUCAAAAGAUAGAAGGCGUGAGAAACUACAAAAUGACGGCGAGAAAAAAUCAGAUAACAAGAAAGAUGGAGUGAAAGGACAAGGUAAACAAUCCAUAAGAGUGUCGUCUUGGCGGGAAGGACAAAGGCUGGUGAGACUGCUGCUCGGGCCUCCUCCAAAACACUUCAUCUCGGAGACUGAGAAAGAGGAAAGAGUCCAGGAUUGCCCCAGCGGUGCCAUUGUUUUGAAAAAUGCUCCGGAGAACAACUGUAUGAAAUUAGAAACACCGAUACCUUGUCGUACACCUACCGCCUCUAAACACUGUGGAGCAAAUGGCAAAAUAGCAUCUAACGGAAAUAAGGAGAAUACGGAGUUGCACCAGCCGCAGGGUCCUCAGAAAGCUCGAAGCUAUAAUGUGGAGGAAGUGCGAGCAUUCAUGGACCGCAGGGAGCAGGAGAGGAAAAAGCAAGCUCUUCAGGACAGGCAUAAAGCCAACUUGGAGUUGGAAACCAAGAAAGAGCGAAUCCUGGAGGUCCUCAAGAAGCAACGUGAGGCCGUUGGUAAGACCAGGCACAGCCCAGGUCAGCGCAAGAGGCUGGAUCGAGGAGCGCGUAAGAUGAAGGGACAGCAUUUAACUGGUUUGAUACUUCAUGAUGAAAGUGCAAAAAAAUACAAAGAAGAAAUGAUGUGGAAGGCACAUGGCCCAAUCCCUCAAGACGAACGGCAUGUUAAUGAAGAACUGAAUGGAUUUGUGUGGAGGAGAAGAGCUGCUGAAAAUGUAAUCAGUAGGGACAGUGCAAGUGUUGUUUGCAAUUCCAGUCCUUUGAGAUUAGCAGAUCUGGCCCUACAAGGUAGCGUUUCAGAUGGAAGCGUUACCCUGAGCAAAGCAGUGGGAGAUGCUCUACUGAUUAAAGUGGAGAGAGUGCAGGCUCUCCGAGAAGUGGCUGAUGCACUGGCUGCCCGUGUCGAUACUCAGGCUGCCAAGCUGGUUGCCAGAGGAGGGAAAGUAAAGCUGCCAACUGGAGGAGAGCCACGACCUGUACUGGGUGGUCACAGGCCUCAGAUUGCACUUGAUUUGGAUGACUCUACGUCCAUCAGUGAGGAGCUUCCCUGGAGUGAGGAAGUUGGAGAGAUACGAGCAGACCGUUCAGUUCCUGAAGUUAAGAGGUCAUGGAGUCCAAAAAGAGCAUGGGGAGCCCACAAACUGGAGAUAUUAGGACCGAGUCAUUUAGUAAGUCAACAAAGAGACAAGGAAACAAAACAAGUGGCUGCAUCCAUUGGAUCCAAACACGUAGUCUCUAAAGGAAUAGCAAGUAUUCAUUAUGAACCUCUAAAUGUUAAUGGUGUAAUAUCAGAGGGCGCUGAUGCCAGCUCUACAGAGGAUAACAAUGAAGCCACCAGUGAGUGCAAUGACCUGAGCCCAUUUUUUGUUCAGGGAGACAUGCUAAGCCGCCUUUCUGCGGAACUUUCCAAUCAGUCUUUGCGUGAUGAAGAACUCCGUGCCCGAUACCAUAGUGCCCUCUUUAAACUGAGAGAAGAAGCUUUGAGUGAGAAAACGUCUGCUGAGUUGGCAUGGCUUGAUCAUCAAAAAAAGUACUUAGCAAAAGGAGAUGAAAAAAAGCUCGCUGAUAUCCUAGAGAAGCAGGAGGAGGUUGUGAAAAAGCUGCGCCAGGAACAGGCCGAAAUCCAGCAUCUUAAGAAUUUGCAUCAGUCUGCUCGACAACAAAGGAAACUUCUACUACAGCACCAGAAGGAGAUUGUGGGAAUCCAGCAGUCCGCUGCUCAGUUACACAAAGAUUUACAAGAAGUCUCUGCUGACCACCUGAAAAGAGAACUGGCCAUCGAUCACUUAAUUGGCAACCUGAAAAAAGACUUGGAAAAGACACAGUUGAUCAGCAGAGAGCAGGAAACACUGGGGGAUGACGUUUACUUGAGUCCAUUUCAAGGAGACCCAGAAAACAAGGGUCUGGAUUACAUCAAGUCUUUAGAAAAAAUACUUUAUGGUGUUCCUGUUGGCUCAAUUGCCGGUGAACAACACAAAAUCCCCAGUAGUGUGAUGGAGUGCUACAAGACCACGGAGGAGAAGUCGUCAGUCAAUACUGGAAAAGUGAAAAAGCGGUUUAAAAAGACCACAGGGUACAGUUUUGGACUUCCUCACUCAAUACUGGACAACCAGCCAAGAAAAAGCGGUGAAUCUGAUGACAGAUCUAUGGAAAAUGAUCCGUAUUCUGUGAACAUAAUUCAGUCUGACUUGAGGAAUGAAGACGCAGACAACCAGUCUAGUGAGGAAAAGCCCAGCGACAACAAAGAAGCCAGUUGUGAAGAAGUUCAGCACUCUACAGCUGACAGCACAAAGACAGAUGAACAAAGCCCUGAAGAUGAAGCUUUUUGUGCUCAAGAAUCAGAAUGUAAAAACAUCAAGCAUCACCGAGCAGGUCGUGACGACAACUUGUUUAUUUCUGAAGACCGUGCACAACAUCAGAUGUCAUCUGUUCCUAGUGAGGACUCGCAGAAACUGCAGAAGAACAUGGAAUUGUGUUCCUCACAUCCAGAUAUCCAGACUCUUUCUUCCUGUGCAUCAUCCUUUGAAAUGGGAGUUGUCACUACUGACCUGGGAGACGGUAAAUGUCCUGACGGUAGUCAUUUGUCGCGUGAAGAUCGUAAGGCUUCUGCAACAUCUUCUGAAGGUAUGGAAGUGUGUCCAGUGGAUGACGCAGACUCGGACAACACACAGCUUCAGAAUGACUCCACCGUUGACCCACACGGACUGUCCUCUGACGCCUCCACUGUUACUAGAGGUAAUGAUUAUAAAUAG